AGCAGAUUUUGACAUUUCAUUGCAUUUCUAUCGAUGAAUUUUCAUUUUUGACCAUCAUGGAAACACCACUUGAAUCAUAUUCGGCCCAUAGGCGCGGGAAUAAGAGCAGAGUGGAAGAGCAAUGAGAGGACCUUCGGAGAUUCGGAGAUGCUGUGUGGACGAGGAAAUGCAGUCAGCUGAUGUUGGAAUUCGCAAUAUUAAUUAAAUAAAAACUUCUUUAUUCCUUUGGUCGCAAACAAUUGAACCGACACAUAACUAAAUUUCCCGACAAAAUGGUCGCCAAAGGAGCCAAUGGGCAUCAGGAGUCAACAUGGCGUGCUAUGACCUUGCGAAAAUUAUUCCGCGCCACGAAAAAACAACUUCGGGCGGGGACGCCAUUUGCCGCGAAAGCGCUAGAUAUGUCACGGCAUGUUGGGAGAUACGCGAAAUGGGAAUUGGGACUUCGUUAUUAGUGUUUGGAAUAAUUAACCAAGUACGAGUCAUCCUCAAACAUACUGAUUAUCAAUGGUGCCCGUUUUUAACAUAUCAGGCUUUAAAUGCUGGUGAUGCAAGCAAAUGGCAUGGUCAGCCACUCAACAGCCGGCAAAGCAGAGCCAGUGAGGCCAGCAGCCCCGCUAUGUAUCCCCGUGGUGGGCAAAGUGCAGCUGAGCUCGCGUCUGCAGCAGCUGCUGCAGCGGAGCAACGACUUGGACCGUCUGCAGGCGUCGCUGGCCGGCGGCGGCGGAGGCGGCGACUGUCCGCCGCUGGCUGCCGCCAACGGCCAGCGACGGCCGCUGCCGCCGGUGGCCGCCGCGCCGCCGCACCUGGUGAGCGCCAUCGGUGACGGCCUGGUGUUGAAGACGGCCUCGCAGCACCCGGCCGGAGCCCGCUCGCCGGCCGUGACUGUCAGCGCGAGCAGCCACCAGAAGAUCCUGCCAAAGCCGGUUCUGCAGUCAGCCGCGGCUGCCGAUCCUCCCAACUAUAAAGUGGAGAAGGUGAAAAACAGACACAAGGGCGCGAAGGCGGCGGGGGCGGCAAAGGCUCGGUCCGACUCUGCGCCGCCCAAGUUUAAGGUGCGUCCGUCGAUCAGCGUCCCGGCGGAGGCGCGGCCAGAUAACCGGCGCGGCGGCACCGGCGCUCCGGGUGCGCGGUCGCGGGCGAGGCCGUCCUCUCUGCCGACACCGGCGGCGGCCCGUCUGCCGAGGCUGCCGGCCGAGCUGCGGGCCUACCAGCUGCUCUCGGAGCAGGAGGAAGCGGCGCGGCGGCCGCUGCUGCCGGCGCCGGCCGCCGGCUCCGAGCCCGAGUCGAGCGACUGGGAGCCGGCGCCGGCGGCGGCGGAGCGGUACCGCGAGCGGCGUCGCUUCUCGCGCUGCCGCCGCCUGCUGGUGGAGCAGAUGCGCAGCAGCGGCGGUGCGGCGGCGGCGCGCCUACUGUGCGGCGGCGGUGGCCGGUCGGCGCAGCUGGCCCGGCGCCGCUGCUGCCACCGCGGCGCCGGCGGCGCCUGCGCGCGCACCGCGCUGCCCUGCACGCGACACUGCCGACAGCACGUCCUCUACAACGUCGACCAGCUGCUUUUUCAGCACUGUACGGCGAAGUUUUCAGACAACACGCAGUGUUGUGUACCUGUCUUUGACAUCAAACAUGAACUACCUCUCUGUGAAGAACAUGCAAGGAAACGGGAUAACUAUGAAAAAAUGGCAGGGAAAACGAGAAGUGAGCCAAAAAAGAAAUCCAGGUCCAUAAAGCGCCCAAAGCGGCGGAAGAAGACGAAGAAAAGGUCGCCUCCGCGCCAAUCCACUCCGACCGACGUGGCGCAGCAGGGUGGCUUCGAGGACGCCGGUUUCGGCGACAUGGAGUCGGAGCUGAUGGAGGAUGAGGAGGACGAGGACGAGGAGGACGAAGACGAGGAUGAGGAGGAGGAGGACGAUGACCUGGAUGAUGAGGGGGAGGAGCGCGGCGCAGCGGCGGCCGGCGGCGGCGGCCAGCCGGGCGAGCUGGACCGCAGUCUGGAGCUCCACCUGGGCACUGUGCUGGAGAACGAGUUCUCAGAGGUGCUCAGCAAGCUGCCCGACGAGGCGUUCACCGAGCUGUUUGCCGACCCGCACGCCGGCGACCUGGUGCACAAGGAGACUGAGGAGCUGGAGCGCGCGCUGGAGGCCGUGGAGCGCGAGUCGGACGCCGUGCCCGCGGCGCGGCACCACCUGCUCAACGGCAACCCCAGCCUGGGCGCGCCCGGCUCGGCCGAGAUGGAGGAGAGCGUCUACACCCAGCUGGCGCAGGGCGUCAGCCUCGAGAACGCCAUCAGCAACGUGCUCAACGGCCAGGAGAUGAACACGCUGAACCAGCUGCUGACGCACCUGGGUGACGCGGUCAGCCAGGACUCGGCCAGCUAGGGGCGCGCCCCGCCGCCCCAUCGCUCCAUAGUGGCCGGCGCGGCAGCCUCAGUCGGCGCUGGUCGCCAGGGCGGUCUCAGUGGACAAUGCACCCGACUGGCAGUCCUGAAGUUGAGCUCGGCGCUGGCUGGAAACAGUCCUGGGGACGAACUGGACCCAACCAGCGCAGCUGGUAGUUAGGCAAUGCUGCAUUGGCGGACGGUCCGCGCUGGUCUCUGGCGUCAGCCGGCGGGCGGAUAGUUUCUUUCUUUCUACACCAUUGAUUUUAUAAUCGACCUGACCGGUUCGAUUACGUACGUAACUUUGUGGCUGUGGUUUGGUUUUGCAGGUAUUUCUUACUGUUGGUCAUAGCUGUUUUGCUCGUCGACCUGCCUUUCCUCCGUUUAGUGAUUGUUCUCCGCCAAUCAAAACAGCGCGUGGAUGGGCAUUUACUUGGCUACGUUCCUGGGCUCUGUGCGUGCGCCGUGCGUGUGACUGGUGGACUGCUGUGCUAGCGGGCCGGACGCAGCGCCCUUCAUCGCCCGCCGCCGCCGGACGGCAGGCUACAUGUAUUUAUGGUCGUACGGUGUUGACAUGUGCGGUUGCUCCAGUGUCAUUAUUGAAUGUAUCACCUUUUGCAUG